AUGAGAGCUUUAUUUUUGAUAUUGGUUUGCUUGGUAUCCAAUGUAGCAAGCCAAGAUUACAGCAGGGUCUUGCUAGGAUGUGGUCAACCUGGCAACUUCCAGCAGACCUUCACCUUGUUCUCCACCAAUUCUGCCAACAGCGUAGAGUUUUGCCGAACAACUUGCUUGGUGAACAACUCUCGUUCGUUCGGCGCGCUCUUCAACGACCAAUGUUACUGCAGCAAUGCAGGUAUCGCCGCUAUCCAAUUCCUCCGUUAG